AUACAAGUCACUAAUAAUAUACCAUUUUACAACCCUAUGUGUACUUCACUUUGUAAGAGAAAAUAUAUAAAAGAUAUUGUAUAAAGUAAAACGAGUAAAACUACAUGUAAAAGGCAACGUAAUGUAACAGAACACGAUGUAUCAGGGCUACUAUAGUACAAUACGGCCCUGACUAGAACAUAACAUACCAAUGGGCGUCUGAUCACGUGAGGAUCAUGCGGGGCAGUACUGUUUACAUCCCCUCUAUCUUUAACGCAUUCGACACCGGUGACUCAGCAGAUGAGUCACGCAACAUCUCACUCGUUUAGCCCCUGACGCAGUAUGUGGGUCAUGUAUAGAGAUCGGUAGUAAUGGUCAGUUCUCAGAGAGCAAUGGGAACAUUUAUACUGUUGUAAAAUACAGUGCAGACUAAGGUGAAUAAAAAGGUAGAACUGCUAUUGGUUUGAAGAUCAAAUAAAGGAUGGAUAAACCAGGACCGUCGAUGUGUCAAAUUGUAUACAGUGAUGAAAGCGAAGACUCUGUAUUGGAAAAUGACACAAAAAGGCAAAAAGUCUCUGUUACUGUAUACGACAGUGACGAUAUUGAAAUCAAUUGGCAUAAAAAUAGAUAUAAAAAUUACUUAGAAACAGACGAUGAAGAUGGUGAACUAAUCUCUGAAGAAAUAGAUGUAAGUGAGAGCAGUAUCGAAUCAGAGAGCAUAGAAGUAAAUGAAUUUCUUGAAGACAGUACGGAUGAUAGAGAAUGGAUGCUUCAGGAUAAGUUGAAAACAUUUGUUUUCAAACAAAAUAAUGGUUUAAAAUAUUCACCUAAUGGAUUGGAUCCUAUUAAUUUCUUUGAAUUGUUGUUUGAUACAAACUUCUUUUUGAAUACUGUCAUAGAAACAAAUAAAUAUGGGAAGACUAGGGGAGGUGAUCAAUGGAAAGAAUUAACAGUGCGAGAAUUAAAAAUAUUUCUAGGUCUACUAUUACAUAUGGGUACAAUUAAAUGUCCGAAAUUACAAAACUAUUGGAGUACUCAGAGACUGUUUAAUUUCACUUGUUUCUCCCAACAUAUGAGCAGGAACAGAUUUCAAGAAAUAUUACGUUCUUUGCAUUUCUCUUCGGAUAAUAGACCCAAUAAUUGUAUGAAUAAAAUAGAACCAAUUAUUGAUUAUUUCAAUGAAAAAAUGAAACAACUCUACUAUCCGCAAAAAGAACUAAUAAUACAUGAGACACUAGUUCCUUGGAGAGGCAGAUUAGAUAAUAUUUCUCGAAAGAUGCAUAAUUGUAUCAAAUUAUAUGUUUUAACAGAGGGUUCAGGAAUAACUCUUCGAAUUAAGACAUAUAAAGGAAACAAUGAUGAUACAAAUGGAACAAAAUAUGCAGCAAAAAUAGUUGGUUAUUUAUUAGAAGAUUUUCUGUACAAAGGACAUUCUGUUUAUAUGGAUGAUUUUUUUACCAAUUUUGAAUUAGCCAAACAACUGCUUGAUGCCCAAACGUAUUGCACAGGCACCUUACGAAACUUCCGAAAGGGAAAUAAUAUAAAUGUUGUUAAUAAAAAGCUUGUAGAAGGGGAAAUGAUAUCUCGUCACAAAAAUAAUAUUAUAAUGAGUAAAUUUCGAAAUAAAAGAGAAGUUUUGUUUAUCUCGAGUGAAUUUGUAGCAGACUUUAUAGAGUUGGAAAAUAAAAGAAAAAAGAAAUAUAAAGAGCCCUUAGCAUUACACAAAUAUAAUGCAUUUAUGGAAAAUAUCGACAAAAAAGACCAAUUGUUAUCUUAUUACACUUGCAUCAGAAAUACAUUUGAACGGAAUAUUAAAUUAUGGAUAAAUAUUGUAGAAACGUUAUUGUUAAAUUCUUUUUUCCUAUAUUCAAAAUACUCGUCUUCUAAAAAGAAGAUACACUUUUUCGAUUAUCGCUUGAACAUUAUUAAUGCUUUCUUAUAUAGCAACAAUCAAGAAAAUAUACCUCUUGCUUUAAUACAACACGAACAUCUACCUGAAAUGCUUUCUAGAGAUGAACAAAAUAGAAUAAAACGAAAGAGAUGUAGACAGUGUUUUGCUAAUGGAUCGCGAAAAAACACUAAUUAUUUUUGCAGUGGCUGUAUGGAUAAUCCAGGUUUAUGUUUAGGGGAAUGUUUCAAGGAAUACCAUAAACGUUUAUUAUGAUGUUUCACAUUUUUUAUUUAUUACUUUUAAACCAUUUCUUUUGUAAUUAAAAUUUGUUACUAUAUGUGUAUAUCUAUAUUUUUGUAUAAUUAUCUCGUAUUUUUAAUGCACUCAUUAGGAUACAAUAAAAAUAUUAAUGUUUAUAUUUAUCAUAUACUUUACUUUUCUUUUUUUCUGUACUCUAAU